ACAGUGAGGAAUCCGAAUAAGAACUUCACGCAAUGAAGCUACGGUUUCCUGUGUUUGUGUUGGUGCUGCUUUUAACACAAUUGCAGCGUCUGUACACAGAAGAAGUGACCGAGGCAAACAACACGACCGACGUCAUCAUCCCGCCACCGAAGACAGAUGCUACGAGGGCUAUUCUCUUCCAGCCUUUCGGUCGCGCCACAACGAAUUCGUACAUGCAGUUCCGUGGAGAAAUCCCUGACCUGACCUCGGUGACCUUCUGCUUCCGGGCCAGGUUGGAGUACUUGUCGCUCGCCCAAAGUACUUUUAUCAGCUACUUCCCCGGCCCGGAGGAUCAACUGACGCUCUGUGAGUGUAAUGCGUUAUUCUAG